GCUAUCCUAGUAUUUUUCUUUUAAGCCAGUCUAAGUUUUUCAUUUUGUUUUUAAUGUUUCAAAAUUCAAGAUUUUUUUAAUUUUUUAUUUAUUCAUUUUAAGUUUUAAUCUAAUAGAUCAAAACAGGUUGGUUAACUGGAUCAAAACAGGUUGGUUAAUCUAAUAGAUCAAAAUAUAAGUUUUAAUCUAAUAGAUCAAAAUAUAAGUUUUUUUAAAUAUAAGUUUUAAUCUAAUAGAUCAAAACAGGUUGGUUAAUCUAAUAGAUCAAAAUAUAGAGAAAAGGUAUUUAUGAGAUCAAAAUAAACAGAACCGUUGAGACUAUUUCUAAUUGAACCGUUUAUUUUAUAAAUAAAUAAAAAUAAAUUUAUUUUAUAAAAGAAAAGGUAUUUAAGAGUUAGUUGUGAGGAGAAGGGGUCGUUACUAGUUACUCGUCGUUACUCAUCCAUCAAGAUUCAAAACAGAGCAGCGAAGGUUUUAGAAAAAAAUGAAGAAAGUGAUGAAGAUCAUCAAGCCGAAGCCUGAUCCAAAGCAACGCUUACGUGAUUGGCAACGCAAACUUCGCCAGGAGUGCCGUGACAUCGAACGCCAAAUCCGAGAUAUAGAGAAAGAAGAGAGAACGGUACAGAAAGCUAUUAAGGAGGCUGCUAAGCGGAAUGAUAUGGUCUCAGCUAAGGCGCUUGCUAAGGAGAUUGUGAGUUCGAGAAGAACAGUUAACAAGUUAUAUGAAAACAAGGCUCACAUGAAUUCUAUAUCAAUGCAUCUCGGAGAGAGUAUUGCUAUUGCUGGAACAGUUGGGAAUCUCUCCAAGAGUGCAGAGGUUAUGAAGCUUGUUAAUGAUCUCAUGAAGGCUCCACAAAUGGCUGCUAUUAUGCAGGAGUUCGGCAAAGAGAUGACCAAGGCUGGAGUUAUUGAGGAGUUUGUGAGUGAUGCCAUUGACGAUGCACUAGAUUCUGAGGGUAUGGAAGAAGAGAUCGACGAGGAGGUUGAUAAAGUAUUGACUGCUAUUGCUGGAGAAACCGCUGCUGAGCUCCCAGAAGCUGUCAGGAAGGAAAGGAUAAAGGUACCUGCGCAGAAGGCCAGCACUGCCCUCGAGGAAGAGGCAGUUGCAGAAGGUGUUGAUGAUGAGGAAGAAGUGGAAGAGACAGCUCGGCUCGCUAAAGUUAGAUCCUAACUGAUUCCAAUGAUUCUUUACACACCAUUACUCUUGAAAGGUGAUGAGUAUAUAAGGAGGUUGCAGCCAGUGUAUUGUAUAUAAUAUUAGUUGAAUUACUGUAUACAAUGAAACCAUAAGCCACCUUUUGUUAACAAAUUUCGUUUCUUGGAGUUAUUGAAAACAAUCCGAGUGCUAUAUUGUGUUUUCAAAGAACCACCUAAACCUGUAUGAUCGAAAGUUGGCCAUUAACAGAGAUGCUCAUGAACUGAAACCAAACACUUGAUAACAUCACUCACUCACCAUCCAUCAUAUAUCAUCAGUCCCAGAAGUAAUUAGAGUAAAACACAAAUAACUGGCGUUACAGUUAGAUAUAUUGUCUCUACGCCUUUAUUAUACAUCAAUUACUUCAUUGUGUAAUUUACAAGUUAAUGCAUUAUAACCAUAUGGUAUUUUGAGAGAUUCGACUGAUUUGUAAGGUACAUGCAUCCAUCUUAAUUUAACUUUGUUGGAUUGACUCUCUGCCUACACUAAUAAAUCAUAAUCAACACAAUAAUUAGGCUAGGUUCUCUCAAGAGCAUGACACUUCAGCACUUAAAAUGGCUGUGGGAUUGACAUGUCAUCAAAUGAAAAAUUUGAGAAACCAAUCAAUUCAUUUUGAUAAAACACGUCACUGGAAUUGAGCCGUGGUCUUGAGCUCGUCGUCGAGUCCUUUCCUCCUCCUCUUCUAUCUCAUCUCUUCCUCCUCCUCCUCUCCGAGCUCGUCGUCGAGUUCUUCUACAGACUCUCCGGCCUCGUCGGCGUCGAGUUCUUCUUCAGACUCUCUGGGCUCGUCGGCGUCGAGUUCGUCUCCAGCCGCAUCACGAGGAUCUAGCUUAAACAACAGGGGAUCCGCGGCACUCUUCAAGGUCGUCAGCGUCGAGUUCUUCUUCAGACGGUCCGGUAUCGUCGGCGUCGAGUUCUUCUUCAGCCGCAUCGGGCCUCGUCGGUGUCGAAUUCUUCUCCAGCCGCAUCCGGGCUCGUCGGCGUCGAGUUCUUCUUCAGCCGCAUCGGGCCUCGUCUUCGUCGAGUUCUUUUCCAGCCGCAUCACGAUUUGGACUUCUAGGGUUCUAGGAGUUGUAAGAUAUGAAAUCGGUUCGAAUCUAAUUUCGUUUAAAGAAAAUUUUGAGAGUCCUCAUAACCGGUGAUUUUUGUAUGGUAUGGUAAUAUUAACCGGUUCUGCUUCAUUGUAUGUUGGUGUUGCUUUCGGGUGUCCUGGUGCGGAGAAGAAGAGUGAAUCACCAGUUGCAGCUAUGGAGAUGACUAAUUCGAGUCUAGAACAUCAGUUGCAGGACAUAACAGCCUCACGAUCUGAAGCUGUUUUGGUCACUCAGCAAGAAGAACCAUACAUUUUACUUGUCAAAGAAGCGAAUGACUGGAUAAAGAUGCAAACUGCAACAGUAGACAAGGGUUUAAAUUAGAAAUUCUGAACAAAUAACACGUCACAAGAAGCAGAGAAAAUGCCUCAAAACUUAGAGUUUAAAUUAGAAAUUCAGAAAACGAGUAUUUCUCGAAGACGGAGAAUGAUUUCACAAGUAGACACGUCAUGGGUGAUGUUUAAACAGGAAGAGUUCUGAUUUAUGAAGCUUGACAGAGAUUUUCAGUGAUAAUUUGAAACUCAUGUUCUUGUGUGCAGUGGAUUCAUGGGAUGCAUCUAAUAUGAAAGUGAUAACCUCAGUAUGUGGAGAAAAGGGAACUGCUCUGAGUUGUGGUACCUCAAACCAGGCAAAAGAAAGUGGGAAUGGGAAGUCAGUUCAUUAUGGUUCUGUAUUUUCAGUUUGUUAAAGAAUGUCAGUCUCUUUGGCUGAGACAGCAAACGAAGGGCACAUCUGAUGGAGCUCAUAAACUGCAUGUAGUGGAAAUUCUUAAGGAAGUUCAUGUCAAGAUUCAUGUCAAGAUUUUUCAACUCCUUAAAAUGUGCGUGUUAAGUUUGGUGAAUUAGUUUGAAGUCUAACACAACACAUAUAGAGACAUCUCGAUUGUGGUGGGAAAUGAGCAGGAUGUCUAUGAUGUGUUGUUCUUCUCAAGGACGUGAUAAAAAAAUAUAUCACAGGAGAGGGACAAGUUAGAAAGGAUAAAGCAAGUAGUGUAUAAGGUGGGCUAUGCCAAGAGGGUUGUACUUGCAGCUUCUACACCAACUAAAAAAAUGUUUACUGGGAGAAUUCACUAAGUCAAAGAAUGCUGGACAGAGCAUGACAGAAGUAAAUCAGGAAAAGAAGCUAUAGAUAUCUCGAAUUGGAUCCACUGAGAGAAGCACAUUUCAGAGCAUGAAAAUGUUGAAUGAAACUAAUGUCUCAAAUUUCACAACAAAAAAAAUUUGUUCAAAAAAAAUAAAAUUUAAUGCUUGCGUUC